CAUGUCCGCAAUGAUGUCGAUAUCUAUCCUAGUCGCUAUUCUAACGUGUGUUGGAGCCGAACUUUGUCAAAUACACAAUGCGAAUGACUUAACAAACGCAAAGGUUUGUACGGAAUUGGAGCUCUACGCCAAUGAUGAAGUCAUGAAAAGUCCGCUACUAUUUGAUAAAAUCAGAAUGGCAACCACAUAUCGGCAUUUCGAGUUGAAUGGCACAAAGCUGGAAAAGAUCAGUGAAGCAAGGGAAGUUCUGCUACCGAAAGGUGCCACUGUGACAAUAUUGGACAAUGCGAAUCUUCAAGAAUUGCCUAAAUUCAAUAUCGUUGAUGCUAAUGCCAUCAAACUGUCAGUCAUUGGAAAUCCCAAAUUAGAUACGAGGCAGCUGCUUAUGGAAUGUGAGAAGAAGCGUUGCAGUCAGGAUACGUUAAACAGCAUUCAAGUACCAUAUUCUUGCCGAGCCAUUGCGCCAUUGCCAGCUACCUGUCGUAUCGUAUUUGGCACAAUUCCAUUACAUUUACAUCACUAUUCAUGGGGCACCAUUGAAAUCCUUUACGGGACAAUUACCCUGGAGAAUUCUCAGCUAAAACGAGCCCCAAAGCUUGAAAUGCUCGAGCAGGUCAUACAGCUAAAGAAUACGCCGGUGCUGGUGGUGAAGAACAACUCAAAGCUGGAAGAGAUCGACUCGCUGCUCGAUUUGAACUACGUCAUCAUCGAUAACCAGACGGGUCCCGUACAGAUUGAGAAAAACCCGAAUCUGUGUAUAGGUGUGAACCAUGCUGACAAUCUGUUCGUGAAGCGGUACAUGAAAAAUGUGGACCCAUGCAUUUAUGGACGUAAAAUGGUCGAAGUUUCAGAAAAUAGGAAAGCUCGAGAGUUACAAGAAGGUAAUGUAGAACCAUCUACUGGCUAUGAAUAUGAAACAGCUUCUGACUAUGAAGGUGAUUAUGAGAAUACACGAACAACAGAGCCAGAACCGAUAGAGAUCACCAGCAACGGCGCACCGCCCGCACCACCAGCAGUGAAUUUUCUCACAACUGAAGGGGAUAAGAACCCCGAAAUGACGACGGUAGAUCAAAAUAUGACAAGGAUAUCAGCAAGUGAGGUUCCGAGAGUGGAAUCAAGUGAAUCGCUUGUUGUUAUUACAAAAACGGAGAUUGAUGGAACGACAGAAUCUGUAACGUCAUCGACAACGAAAAAACAAGGUGGUCUGAAAGGAUUUAUCGAGAAAAUUCUACCAAAAUCAGGAAGCGAAGAGACAUACCUUUUCUCUAGUAUUUUCCUGCUGUCUAUUGGCAUUGUAUAA